AUGGGCAAUAAAAUUGUUACUUUUACGGAUGAGCAGCUCGAUGACUACCAAGAUUGCACAUUUUUCACCCGAAAAGAGAUCCUUCGGGUCUUUAAACGUUUUCGCGAGAUGCGACCUGAUCACAUCCCGAAACGAAUGGUGAACGGCGAAGCUUCAAAGUUGAAGAUUGGGCGCGAAAAUAUCGAAGCACUUCCAGAAUUACGUGAAAAUCCGUUCAAAAGUCGCAUUUGUCAGGCUUUUUCACGCGAUGGCGAAGGAAACUUAACGUUUGAGGAUUUCUUGGAUAUGUUUUCGGUAUUUAGCGAGCAAGCGCCAAGAGAUAUAAAAGUGUUCUAUGCCUUUAAAAUUUACGAUUUUGACAACGAUGGAUUUAUUUCGACGGAUGACCUGAAAGCGUCGCUCGUGUGUUUGACACGCAAUGAACUUACGUGCGAGGAACAUCAACAAAUCGCGGAGAAAGUUAUCGAAGAAGGCGACGUCGAUGGCGAUGGAAAACUAUCAUAUUUGGAGUUUGAGCACGUGAUCACCAGAAGUGAGGAUUUCUUGUCAACUUUUCACAUUAGAAUAUAAGAAAAACUAGCAAAAUUUAAUUUUUG